AUGGAGGAGCUGCGCGAUCCGAUUACGGGCCGCUGGACGCUCAUGGUGGCCAACGUCAACAAGUUGUGGGGCACCACCGAAGUCGAGUUUCACCUCCAGCGCACCAUUCCCUUCUGGCACGAAAUCAACUGCGAGAUCCUUCUAAUGCAGCACAAGAAUUUGGGCGGGCUGAAGAACCGCGGGGUCGCCCACCUGGAGUUAAGCUCUAGCGCGGAGGCCCGUUCGCCUGCGCCGGCAGCGGUGACGAUCAGCCGCACCCACAUGGUGGACACCGGCUAUGCGAUCGGGGACGCGCCGCUCAGAAUCGACUGGCGGAGACCCGAACGCUACGACGACACCAUUCGAGCGGUGUACGCGGCCAACGCGCCGGUCACGAUAACGAAGAGCGACGUGAGCGCCCUGUUCGGCCGGUUCGGCCAGAUCGAGUCCAUCUUCCUCUCCGCCGAACUACCGAAGAAGGCACCGCCCCCCGCGCCCCACCGGUCGGUGGUCUGGUCGGCGGCGUGCUGA